AAAAAAACCUGUCUGCCUUGUAAUCAAAGACUCACAAAACAAGCUCUAAGAAUGCACAUUAAAUCAGUGAACAGAACAGAGCAUUUCCCACCACUUAAACCUUCUAUUCCAAUUCAAGCAUACAAAUGCAAAUUGUGAGGUUAAACCAGUCUCCAAGACAAAGCAAUGGCAAAUAAAAUCCCUAUUAGAAAACCAAUUUUUCUCAUAGAAAAUGAGCAAAAAAAAAAAACCAAGAAACAGGACAAAAAAAGGGGUUUAUUGAGAAUUAGAAGGUAAGAGAUCGUACUGUUUGGAUUAAACCCCGACAAAACCGAAGUGGGUCGGACUAUUAUCGGGCUCUUUUAGACUGUUAGGUCCCGCGCUUUUCUUACACUCCACUUUCGAAGCUCUCCCGACAAAGGGUUCACCUGCACCUUAUAAAUGAGGAGGCUCUCUCUUUGCUGCUGCACAACUCGACAGCAUAAGCAUCAUCCUCAGAGAUCUGAAGAAACUAUGGAGAACCCACAGAUGAAAUCUGACAAUGGCAACCCUGAGAACUUGAACCAAAAGAUCAUCAGUUCAAGUGGCAAUCCAGCUGCUAAUAUCAUAGUAAAUCAUGACUUUUCCAAUGGACUACAUUCUUGGCAUCCCAAUUGCUGCAAUGGCUUUGUAGUAUCUGCUGGGUCUGGUAACCCAGGUGGAAUGCCAGCAAAUUCAGGUGGUAAUUAUGCGGUUGUUACAAAUCGCAAGGAAUGCUGGCACGGUCUGGAGCACGAUAUCACAGGAAGAGUUUCACCAGGUUCUACAUACUCAGUUUCUGCUUGUGUUGGAGUAUCUGGGCCUCUUUCAGGGUCUACAGAUGUCCUGGCAACUUUGAAGCUAGAAAACCAUGGCUCAGCGACUAGCUAUCUGUUCAUUGGAAAAACCUCUGUGUCAAAGGAGAAAUGGGAAAUUGUGGAAGGUACAUUCUCAUUAUCAACCAUGCCUGAACGGCUUGUAUUUUAUUUAGAAGGGCCUUCUCCUGGUAUUGAGCUGCUUAUAGAUUCAGUGGUUAUUAGCUGCUCCAGUUUAAGCAAGUCUGAGAGUACAAGCAUAGGAUGCAACAUUGCUGGAGAUGAGAACAUCGUCAUAAACCCUCAAUUUGAAGAUGGCCUCAAUAACUGGUCUGGAAGAGGCUGCAAGGUUGUUUUACAUGAUUCUAUGGCAGAUGGGAAGAUAGUUCCACAAUCUGGCAAAGUUUUUGCAUCUGCGACAGAGCGCACACAGAGCUGGAAUGGAAUCCAGCAGGAGAUCACUGGAAGAGUGCAGCGAAAGCUUGCUUAUAAUGUAGCAGCUGUUGUACGGAUAUUUGGUAAUAAUGUCACAACUGCUACUGUACAAGCCACAUUAUGGGUCCAAACACCAGAUGGCCGUGAACAGUACGUUGGAAUUGCCAAUGUGCAGGCAACCGACAAAGAUUGGGUGCAAUUGCAAGGAAAGUUCCUUCUAAAUGGUUCGCCAUCAAGAGUAGUCAUCUAUUUAGAAGGUCCACCUCCAGGCACUGACAUUCUUGUCAAUGUAAUAGUUGUAAAGCAUGCUGAGAAAAUCCCUCCUUCACCUCCGCCAGUUAUUGAGAAUCCUGAUUUUGGAGUUAAUAUAAUUACAAACAGCCAACUAAAUGAUGGCACCAAUGGAUGGUUUCCUCUUGGAAACUGCAAUUUCAGUGUUGGAUCAGGCUCACCUCAUAUACUCCCUCCAAUGGCAAGGGCUUCCCUUGGCGUCCGUGAACCUUUUAGUGGCCGCUAUAUCCUUGUGAAAAAUCGCACACAAACUUGGAUGGGCCCAGCUCAGAUGAUCACUGAUAAGUUGAAACUUUUCUUGACAUACCAAGUAUCUGCUUGGGUUCGAAUUGGUUCUGGAGCAAGUGGUCCUCAAAAUGUGAAUGUUGCACUUGGUGUGGACAGCCAGUGGGUCAAUGGUGGACAAGUUGAGAUUAAUGACGAUAGAUGGCAUGAAAUUGGAGGUUCCUUUAGAAUUGAGAAGCAACCAUCCAAGGUUAUGGUUUAUAUCCAGGGUCCAGCUGCAGGUGUUGAUUUAAUGGUUGCUGGACUUCAGAUUUUUCCUGUUGAUCGGAAGGCUAGGUUUAAACAAUUGAGGAUGCAAACUGAUAAGAUCCGAAAGCGUGAUGUCAUCCUCAAAUUCUCAGGAGCCAGUUCAAGCAGUUUGCUGGGCACCUCUGUGAAAGUUGUACAAACACAAAAUAGUUUCCCUAUAGGGUCUUGCAUUAACAGAACAAAUAUCGACAAUGAAGAUUUUGUUGAUUUCUUUGUGAAAAAUUUCAACUGGGCAGUGUUUGGAAAUGAAUUGAAGUGGUAUUGGACAGAACCACAACAAGGAAAUUUCAACUACAAAGAUGCUGAUGCUAUGUUGGCUUUGUGUCAAAACCACAAAAUUGAAACCCGAGGUCAUUGUAUUUUCUGGGAAGUACAGGACACGGUCCAGCAGUGGAUUCAAGCAUUGAACAAAAAUGACUUAAUGAUGGCUGUUCAAAAUCAUCUAACAGGCCUUCUCACCCGUUAUAAGGGUAAGUUCAUACAUUAUGAUGUGAACAAUGAGAUGUUGCAUGGAUCAUUUUAUCAAGACCGAUUGGGCAAAGAUAUCCGAGCAACCAUGUUUAAGACUGCAAAUCAGCUAGAUCCAUCUGCCACCUUAUUUGUGAAUGAUUAUCAUGUUGAAGAUGGAUGUGACACUAGAUCAUGUCCCGAAAAGUAUAUUGAACACAUUCUUGAUUUACAGGAGCAAGGUGCACCUGUUGGAGGAAUAGGAAUUCAAGGACAUAUCGAUAAUCCAGUGGGACCAGUUGUUUGUUCUGCUCUGGAUAAAUUAGGCAUUCUUGGUCUUCCAAUCUGGUUUACAGAGCUUGAUGUGUCUUCUGUCAAUGAACACGUUAGAGGGGAGGAUUUGGAAGUUAUGCUUAGAGAAGCUUUUGCCCAUCCUGCUGUGGAGGGUGUAAUGUUGUGGGGAUUUUGGGAAUUGUUCAUGAGCCGGGACAAUGCACAUUUGGUCAAUGCAGAGGGUGACAUCAAUGAAACUGGUAAGAGAUUUCUUGCUCUUAAACAUGAGUGGUUGUCUCAUGCUCGCGGACAAAUAGAUGGACAAGGACAAUUUGAAUUUAGAGGUUUUCAUGGGACAUAUGUUGUGGAGGUCGUUACUGCUUCCAAGAAGGUUUCAAAAACUUUUGUUGUUGAGAAGGGUGACUCCCCACUGGUCGUGUCCAUAGAUUUGUAAAUUCCCUAUGGCUGCUACAAACCUAAUAAAGGAGGUAACAUCUCUCUUCAUGGUUCCUCCAUUAUAUCUGUAAAACCACAAAUAUACUUCAUACAAAAGCUUGUGAUUAUCAAUUACAUGGGUUGUUUGCAAAAGAAAAUUUGAGUUGUUUCCUUUGUAUCAUACAGGUAAUGAAAUAAAAGUACUAUGUAAAAACAGGUUUAUACA